GUCAGUCUCAUCAGAGCCUCCUUCCCUCCCCCAGAUCUGGUUCCUACUCGGCAGAAUACAACAGAUCUUGGCCAUGGAUUUGGCACACAACCAAUCAAGUGAGUACUAUUACGAAGAGGGUGAAAUAAAUGCCACUUAUGAUUACAGCCUACUUGAAACGAUAUGUUUAAAAGAAGAGGUCAGGAAUUUUGCGAAAUCAUUUCUGCCUGCUUUCUACAGCGUGGCUUUCGUUGUUGGCCUCGCAGGGAACUCCACAGUGGUAGUGGUUUACUCCUUCUACAAGAAACUGAAAACGAAGACUGAUGUAUACAUCAUGAACUUGGCUGUGGCUGAUUUACUCCUGCUCUUCACCCUGCCUUUUUGGGCGGUAAAUGCCGUGCAGGGAUGGGUAUUAGGGCAGACUAUGUGCAAAGUAACUUCAGCGCUCUACACCAUAAACUUUGUUUCUGGCAUGCAGUUUCUGGCCUGCAUCAGCAUAGACAGAUACUCUGCAGUAACUAACGCUCCAAGACUGCAAAAAAUCGGCAAAACCUGCUGGGUUAUUUGUUUCUGUGUCUGGAUAGCUGCUAUUUUACUGAGCAUACCUGAAUUAAUUUUUAAUACGGUCAGGAAAAACAAAGACAGGUAUAGAUGCCUUCCAAUAUUUCCACAGCACCUAGGAAUAGCUAUGAAGGCAUCAAUUCAGCUGCUGGAAAUUAGCUUAGGUUUUGUAGUACCCUUUCUGAUCAUGGGAAUUUGCUAUUUUAUCACCGCUAGGACUCUCAUUAGGACUCCAAACAUUAAAAAAUCUCGGCCUCUCAAAGUUCUGCUUGCAGUGGUAGUGGUUUUCAUUGUCACCCAGUUGCCUUAUAACAUUGUCAAGUUCUGGCGAGCUAUGGACAUCAUCUACUUACUAAUUACAGACUGUGGCAUGAGCAAACGCAUUGAUGUUGCAAUCCAAAUCACAGAAAGUUUAGCCCUGUUUCACAGCUGCCUCAACCCAAUAUUGUAUGUCUUUAUGGGAGCCUCUUUUAAAACGCAUAUUCUGAAAAUGGCAAAGAGGUAUGGAUACUGGAGAAGACAGAGUCGAAACCCUGAGGAGAUUCCUUUCGACUCAGAUGGGCACACAGAACUGACAAGUAGUUUUAGUAUUUAGCCUUCAGACUUCUCCUGCUUAAAAUGCAGCCUGAUCUCAAGCGAUGCUGCUCACUCUGAGGUAAGAAAGAGAACAUCAACAUUACCCUGACUCUUAAAUCUGAAAUCCAUGGGU